AUGAGUGCCCACAGUGAUGAUGAUGACGAUGAUCAUUCUCAAGAUGAUCAAGAUUAUGACACAGAUCAACAAGUAGAAGAAGAUCCCAAUAACCAACGACAAAAUGCUUUUCUCACCGAUGAUGCAGAUGUCGAACUAUCAAAUCAACAACAAACAGGUGAAUUCGAAGAAAUAGAACCUAUUGAGGCUCAACCUCCAAAUGAAAUCGAUGCUGACGAACAAGAACGACAACAAUCUGGUACGCCUGCUUUUCGCACCCUUGAAGACUUAUUUAAAGAAGGAACACUUACUGGUACGCAAAUGGCCUUACUCAAAUCGAAAUAUAUGGAAUUACAAAAUGCUUUAACAUUAUCACGUCAAGCUGAAGCUCGAUUACGCCAAGAAGAACAUACAUAUUUAGCUCAAAUUGAAAAACAAAAACGUAUAUUAGAAGAAGGUGAAUCAUUUCCAGAUAAAAUUACAACUGAAGUUCAACAACGCCGAAAAGAUCUACUUAAAUAUAGUAAUGAUUUAGCAUGUACUAAUGAACGUUUAUUUGAUCUUGAAUAUAAAAUAAAAGCUUUGGAAGAAGAUAAACGUUCUUUAGAAAAAGAAAAGGCUCGAAUACCAAAUCAACAUGAUAUUGAUGAAAAAAUAAAAAAUCUACGCAAAGAAUGUGAUGAACUAAAACGACAAAUAGCACAAAAAAAAUCUGAGAUUACUGAUCAAAAUCUUUUAUUGGGCGAUAAAAGAAAGAAAUAUACGACUACAACUAAACAAUUUGAUGAACUUACACAUUCAAUUGAAAAUCUUGAAGCGGAAUAUCUACAACUGAAACUAAAACCAGCUGAAUUACUUAAACAAACAGAUAGUCUGUCACUUCAACGAGAUCAAACCGAACAAGAAAUCGAAGAAAUGGAUGCUCGUGUAAAAGAACAAGAAAAUUCAACAAGACAACUUCAAGAAGAUGUUGAGAAAUUAAAAGCUUUAACAUCAAAAGAAAUGCGAUUAAAUGAUCAAGAUAAUCAAGAUAAUGAAAAAUUAAAUGAAGAAAUAAGAAAUGUGCUAAAUUUAAUUGCAUUCGAAGAAGCUAAACUAGCGAAAGGACAAAUAGACGAACGUCAAUCAAAUGAAGCAGUUAAAAGUACAAUACAAAUGGGUAAACAAAUUCAUGAACAACAUUCAAAAAUACAAAAACAAAAAGAAAGAAUAUUAAGAGAGCUAAAACGUUCGGAAACUAGAUUACGACAUGCAAAAGAUGAAUUAUCAAGCGCAAAUAUGACAAUAGAAAAGCUACAACUGAAACGAGCAGCAAUACCAACGGAUGAUACUGACAUAUAUGGUCAUCAAGUCGAUUUAAAAGACGAUAUCGACAAUCUAGCAAAAACACAUGAGAAACAGGAAAAAGAAAUUAUUGUUAAGCAAAGUAUGUUAAUAACAGCGCAAAAAGAACACGAAGAAGUUCUAUUGAAACAGAGCGAUUAUCGUCGUGAUGCUGUAUCGAUGGCACAUUUUGCAUCUGUUGUAUCGAAUGAACGUGAACAAAAAUGUCGAGAAAAAAUGAAAGCUAAAAAUCGUUUACAAGCUGUACAAGAAGAUCUUCAACGAAAGAGAGGUGAAAUUCAUGAACAUGAUAAACGCAUCGCCGAUUUAGAUGUAAAAUUAAAAGAAUUUGCGGUGAUGUAUGAUAUCAUUAAAAAUGAACGUAAUAAAUGUGUUAAUUCCAUACAAAUCAAUAAUCAAAAAUCCAAUGAAAUGAAAGAAAAAUUAAAAUUACUUCAAAAUGAAAUCGAAAUUUUACGCACUAAAUUAAGUAUUCUAGAAAAAGAUCUACAAAAGAAGAACUUACUUGUAUUAGCGUCGGUUGUUGAACGCGAUAGAGAAAAACAUAAAGUUGAAAAACAACGUACUUAUCUACGAGAACUUAAUGUACAAGAUCAACAGCAAACAUUAGAAAAUCGAAAUUAUAAUAAUUUAAUUGCAUUUGCUGAAAAAGAAUUAGUUCGCUUGAGAAAAGAUUAUGAUACAGCUGUUUUGGAUAGAAACGAACGAAGUGUACAACUUGUUGAACGAUACAAUGAAGAAGUUGUCUUUCAAGAAAAAGUCAAUGUUCAAGAUGCAAAAUUAAAAAAUGCCUAUAUUGAAUUGAGGAGCCGUGAUGAUGAAAUUCGAUUAUUAGAAUUACAAAUUCAAGAAGAAAAGCGAGAAAUUGCUUUAUCGAGAAAGAAAUUACCUGUCAAACGAGCAUUAGAUCAAGAACUCGAAUUAUAUCGAAUAUGUCUUGAAUCAUGUCAAGAUCGCUUGAUUGAACUUGAAAAAAUUCUUGAAAAUCCCAAUGAUCCAGCACGAGUUCGUUUUCUCGAUGGUACGGAUGACUCACCAGAAAUGAUCAUGAGAAAACUUGAACAACUUGAACAACGCUUAUCAACCAAAGAAGAACAAUCACUGGAGAAAGACCUUAUUCUUGAACAAGUGAAUCGUCUAAUAGAACGUUUAUCAACAAAAGUUGAUGUCGGAAAAGAUGAUACAUUAUCAUUGGCAAAAAAAGUUAAUGAUUUACAAAAUAAAAUCAAAGAUAUAACACGCAAAAUGAUGGCAACUUUAUCAGAAUUAACAAUCUAUCAAUCAGAUGCAUUAAAACUUCAACAAGACAAAAACAUCAAAGAAGUUGAAAUACAACAAUGUUAUGAACGAAUGGAACAAGGAGAACCUCCGAGUGAAGAACUUGAACGUGAAUGGCAACGUUCGAAUGAAAUCGAACAAAAACGUAAAAGUGAACGUAAAAUUCGAGAAGAGAAAGAACGCGAAACCGAGCACUUCCUAUUGCCAGGCGGCAUAAUUACACAAGCCGAACCACGUCCACAAGCUUAUGCUCCGAAUGAUGAUGCAGAUAUUCAAGUAGCCAGACCGUAUGGUUCACAUGCACCAUUUAAACCGAGUGAGCCCGGUGCUAAUAUGCGUCAUAUUCGAAAACCAAAUCCAAAACCAAUUGAAAUCUAA